GAGGGCAGACAGAUUCCUGCUAGCAGCUUAGAGUUAGUUGCUUGUGAUAAGUAAGGCAUUUGGCACACACCUCAGAACAACGUGGAGAAUGAUGUUAUGCCUUCUGGAUUAAUGUGGUGAGGUGUUUUGCUUUGUUGUGUGUUUUUAAAAAUCUCUAGUAACGUUUUUGUGAUGAUACCAAAGUGGACAUUAAUGGCUCGCUGGAACAAGAAGUGUAACGUGUGAAUGAAUCGUCGCCUUGAAACUAGAUUAUGAGCAUUUGUUGUUUUCAAAGGGAUGUGCAGGAGGCAGCCUUGGCAAGGAAACUUGCUGCAUAAUCUUACAUGGAGUACAGAUGAAACUUUGAACCGCAAAUCAAGCUUGAGUGGAAUUUGACAGAAGAUGUUUCAACAGUUUUAUCUCUGCAAAUUUUUAGUUUCAUGGAUCAUCAUUGGCUCUCUCUUUGCUGUCUGCUUGGGCCAGUACGAUGAUGACUGGCAAUAUGAGGAUUGCAAACUAGCUAGGGGAGGCCCACCAGCUACCAUAGUUGCUAUUGAUGAAGAGAGUCGGAAUGGUACAAUUCUGGUGGACAACAUGCUGAUAAAAGGCACUGCUGGAGGACGAGACCCAACCAUAGAACUCUCUUUGAAAGACAAUGUGGAUUACUGGGUGCUGCUGGAUCCUGUAAAACAAAUGCUUUUCCUGAACAGUACCGGUAGAGUUCUGGAUAGAGAUCCACCAAUGAACAUACACUCCAUUGUUGUGCAAGUCCAGUGCAUCAACAAAAAAGUGGGCACAGUUAUCUACCAUGAAGUAAGAAUCGUGGUGAGAGACAGGAAUGACAACUCACCCACUUUCAAACACGAAAGCUACUAUGCCACUGUGAAUGAGCUUACUCCAGUUGGCACCACAAUAUUUACAGGGUUUUCUGGAGACAAUGGAGCGACUGACAUAGAUGAUGGUCCAAAUGGACAGAUAGAAUAUGUUAUCCAAUACAAUCCAGAAGAUCCUACAUCCAAUGACACCUUUGAAAUUCCCCUCAUGUUGACUGGAAAUGUAGUGUUAAGGAAGAGGCUCAACUAUGAAGAUAAGACUCGGUACUUUGUCAUCAUCCAAGCCAAUGACCGUGCACAAAAUCUGAAUGAAAGACGAGCCACCACUACCACCCUCACAGUGGACAUCCUAGAUGGAGAUGACUUGGGCCCUAUGUUUCUUCCUUGUUUCCUUGUGCCAAGCACUCGUGAUUGUCGUCCACUCACCUAUCAAGCUGCCAUACCUGAGUUGAGAACUCCGGAAGAACUGAAUCCCAUUAUUGUUACUCCGCCAAUCCAAGCCAUUGAUCAGGACCGGAAUAUUCAGCCUUCAUCAGAUAGACCAGGCAUCGUCUACUCCAUCCUUGUCGGGACUCCUGAGGAUUACCCACAAUUUUUCCAUAUGCAUCCCAGGACUGCAGAACUUAGUCUUCUGGAGCCAGUGAACAGAGACUUUCAUCAGAAAUUUGAUUUGGUUAUUAAGGCAGAACAGGAUAAUGGCCACCCCCUUCCUGCCUUUGCCAGUCUACAUAUUGAAAUAUUGGAUGAAAAUAAUCAGAGCCCUUAUUUCACGAUGUCCAGUUAUCAAGGCUAUGUCUUGGAAUCAGCCCCUGUGGGAGCGACCAUUUCUGAUAAUCUGGAUUUAUCCAGUCCUCUAAGAAUUGUUGCUCUGGACAAAGACAUAGAAGAUACGAAAGACCCAGAGCUUCACCUUUUUCUGAAUGACUACACGUCAGUCUUCACCGUCACACAGAUGGGUAUUAUUCGCUACCUCACACUGCUUCAACCAGUGGACAGAGAAGAACAGCAAUUUUACACCUUUUCGAUAACAGCAUUUGAUGGUGUACAAGAAAGUGAGCCAGUUGUGGUCAAUAUUCGAGUGUUGGAUGCGAAUGAUAACACCCCCACCUUCCCUGAAAUAUCCUAUGAUAUCUACGUUUAUACAGACAUGAGACCUGGAGACAGUAUCAUACAGCUCACUGCAGUUGACGCAGAUGAAGGGUCAAAUGGAGAGAUCACAUAUGAAAUCCUGGUCGGGGCUCAGGGAGAUUUCAUCAUCAAUAAAACAACAGGGCUGAUCACCGUCGCUCCUGGGGUGGAACUGAUAGUCGGGCAGACUUACGCGCUCACUGUCCAAGCAACGGAUAAUGCUCCUCCUGCAGAGAGAAGGCACUCCAUCUGCACAGUGUACAUAGAAGUGCUUCCUCCAAAUAAUCAGAGCCCUCCCCGCUUCCCGCAGCUGAUGUAUAGCCUUGAAAUUAGUGAAGCCAUGAGGAUUGGUGCUGUUUUAUUAAAUCUACAGGCAACAGAUCGAGAAGGAGACCCAAUAACAUAUGCCAUCAAGAAUGGAGAUCCUCAGCGAGUUUUUAAUCUUUCAGAAACUACAGGGAUUCUAACCUUAGGGAAAGCACUGGACAGGGAAAGCACGGACCGCUACAUUCUGAUUGUCACAGCUUCGGAUGGCAGGCCAGAUGGGACCUCAACUGCCACAGUAAAUGUGGUGGUAACAGAUGUCAAUGACAAUGCACCAGUGUUUGAUCCCUAUCUGCCUAGAAAUUUAUCUGUGGUAGAGGAAGAAGCUAAUGCCUUUGUGGGUCAAGUAAGGGCAACAGACCCUGAUGCUGGAAUAAAUGGCCAAGUGCACUACAGUUUGGGUAACUUCAAUAAUCUCUUUCGCAUAACCUCCAAUGGGAGCAUCUACACAGCUGUGAAACUUAACAGAGAGGUGAGGGACUACUAUGAACUUACUGUUGUGGCAACUGAUGGAGCAGUACACCCUCGACAUUCAACUCUAACACUGGCCAUUAAGGUUUUGGAUAUUGAUGAUAACAGCCCUGUGUUCACCAAUUCAACCUAUACUGUAGUUGUUGAGGAGAAUCUGCCAACUGGAACUACCUUCCUUCAAAUAGAGGCUAAAGAUGUUGACCUUGGAGCAAAUGUGUCUUAUCGCAUAAGAAGUCCAGAAGUGAAGCACAUUUUUGCACUGCAUCCAUUUACAGGAGAACUCUCCCUUUUAAGGCGCUUAGAUUAUGAGGCAUUUCCAGAUCAGGAAGCAAGCAUCACAUUUUUGGUGGAAGCAUUUGAUAUUUAUGGAACAAUGCCACCUGGCAUUGCUACUGUCACAGUAAUAGUAAAGGAUAUGAAUGAUUAUCCUCCGGUAUUCAGUAAACGAAUCUACAAAGGGCUGGUGGCACCAGACGCAGUCAAGGGCACACCGAUCACAACAGUUUAUGCUGAAGAUGCAGACCCUCCUGGGUUACCGGCAAGUCGUGUGAGGUACAGAGUAGAUGAUGUACAGUUUCCUUACCCUGCCAGUAUUUUCGACGUAGAAGAAGAUUCUGGAAGAGUAAUAACUCGCGUCAAUCUCAACGAAGAACCUACAACAAUUUUUAAGUUGGUAGUUGUUGCUUUUGAUGAUGGUGAGCCAGUGAUGUCCAGCAGUACCACAGUGAAAAUUCUUGUCUUACAUCCUGGAGAAAUCCCACGCUUCACACAAGAGGAAUAUAGACCUCCUCCAGUAAGUGAACUUGCAACCAGAGGGACCAUGGUCGGUAUAAUUUCUGCUGCAGCUAUCAAUCAGAGCAUUGUAUAUUCCAUUGUUUCAGGAAAUGAAGAAGAUAAGUUUGGAAUCAAUAACAUCACAGGUGUUAUUUAUGUGAAUGCCCCACUGGAUUAUGAGACAAGGACAAGCUAUCUACUUCGAGUCCAGGCAGAUUCCCUGGAAGUGGUCCUCGCCAAUCUCAGAGUUCCUUCAAAAAGCAAUACAGCUAAAGUGUAUAUUGAAAUUCAGGAUGAAAAUGAUCACCCUCCAAUGUUUCAAAAAAAAUUCUACAUUGGAGGUGUGUCCGAGGAUGCAAGAAUGUUUGCUUCUGUGCUCAGAGUAAAGGCUACCGAUAAAGAUACUGGCAAUUAUAGUGCCAUCGCGUACAGGCUCAUAAUACCACCAAUCAAAGAGGGAAAAGAAGGAUUUGUGGUGGAAACAUACACAGGGCUUAUCAAAACUGCUAUGCUCUUCCAUAAUAUGAGGAGAUCCUACUUCAAGUUUCAAGUUAUCGCAACUGAUGACUAUGGGAAGGGACUGACUGGAAAAGCAGAUGUACUUGUCUCUGUGGUCAAUCAACUGGAUAUGCAAGUCAUUGUUUCUAAUGUGCCACCAACUUUAGUGGAAAAAAAGAUAGAAGAUCUCACAGAGAUUUUGGAUCGCUAUGUUCAGGAGCAAAUUCCUGGUGCCAAAGUUGUGGUGGAGUCCAUUGGUGCUCGCAGGCACGGUGAUGCUUUCUCUCUAGAAGACUACACCAAAUGUGACCUGACUGUCUAUGCAAUCGAUCCCCAAACCAACAGAGCUAUUGACAGAAAUGAGCUUUUUAAAUUUUUGGACGGCAAGCUGCUCGAUAUCAACAAAGACUUUCAGCCAUAUUACGGGGAAGGAGGACGCAUACUGGAGAUCCGGACCCCAGAGGCAGUGACCAGCAUUAAAAAGAGAGGAGAAAGUUUGGGAUAUACAGAAGGGGCUUUGUUGGCUCUGGCCUUCAUCAUCAUCCUCUGCUGUAUUCCUGCCAUCUUGGUAGUCUUAGUCAGCUACCGACAAUUUAAAGUACGCCAAGCUGAGUGCACCAAGACAGCACGAAUUCAAUCCGCUUUACCUGCGGCGAAACCUGCAGCCCCGACCCCAGCACCCACGGCAGGGCCCCUGCCCCUGCCGCCGCCUCCUGGUGCGCAUCUCUAUGAGGAACUGGGUGACAGCACGAUGCAUAAUCUUUUCCUUCUCUACCAUUUUGAACAAAGCAGGGGAAAUAACUCAAUCUCAGAAGACAGGAAAAGUCAGCAAGUUGUGAUGCCCUUUUCUUCCAAAACCAUUGAGGUUCACAAGCCAGCUCAUAUAGAUGGAUCACUUAAAAGCAAACAACCAGAGCCUGGAAGAAAAUUUACACUUCUAUCUGACGAGGACGACUUAUGUGGCCAUGACCCACUUUAUAAGGAAAAUAUGGGUCAGAGGUCAACAAAUUCAGACAUCACAUUGAGAACAGAGUUUGAAAACCCAUUUUUAAACCAAACACAAGUCAAGAGUCAGUCUCUGAGGGGUCCAAGAGAAAAGAUUCAGAGGAUGUGGAAUCAGCCAGUCAGCUUACCUAGAAGUCUGAUGUGGAAAGUUCCAAGUAGACCAGAAACCAUAGAUCUGGUGCACUGGCAAGGCACCUGGCAAAAAGCUAAAAAUGAAAACACUGGAAUAUGUUCAAACAAAAAUAGCGGCAGUCUAUUUCUUACAACUGAAGGGGUAAAUUUAACAGAAAAAGAAGAAACAAGGCAAGGAAAAACACUGAUUUCUCCAGAAACAGAACAGUUGAAAUCUCUGUCUUCAGACUCUUCAUUUUCCUCUUCUUGGUCUCACUUCUCAUUGUCUACUUUGCCAACUAUUUCAAGAAAUGUGGAACUCAAAUUAGAACCUAAUGUCAUCACUUCUCCUGAUGACUGUUCCUUGGAACUUUCUUCUCCAAGGCCUUGCAUUUUAAAUUCUCUAGUCUUUAAAAGAGAGACAACCACUUGUAUGUUAGAUGUUGAAACCAAAAGGAACAAUUUUGAAAAUCUUUCCCAUCCACCUAAUAUCUCUCCUUCCUCUUCUCCCCCUCACUCUCCUUCUCCUAAUCCUCCUGCACCUCCUCUCCUUAACCCUUUUUCUCUUUCUUUUCCUCUUCCACCUCAUACUAACCCUUCUCCUCUUCCUCCUCCAUUUCUUCCACUUUCCAUUCCUACUUCUACUCUUCUUCCUACUUCUCCACUUGUUCUUUCUUCAUUCUCCACAGUUCCAUCAUUAUCUCCUCCAGUUCCUAGUCCACUACCUCCUUCAGGUUCAGUUCUAGACACACAGAAGGUUUGUAGGCCGGUUGUGAAGUGCACUACCACCAUGACACUUCCCGAAGAAAAGUCUCCUGUGACAAACCUAUCAACAUCAAAAGCAGUGUGUAGUUCAGACCCUCAAAGAGAACAAAAAGGCAUCCUCAAACAUAUAAAAAACUUAGCAGAACUUGAAAAAUCAGUAUCUAACAUGUGCAGUCAAAUAGAAAAAAACUAUCCACCCACAAAUAUCUCCAAACUCCAAAGUAUUUGCCCUUCAGAGAUAACAAAUGUGGAAAUCACAUCUGAACAAAACCAGGAAGAUUUGAACAAGAGUGUUGAAGGGAUUGGAAAACAAUCUCACAGUCAAACUACUUUGCUAUAAUGUUGCUUGUCCUAUUAUCUGGAUAAAUAUUUUAUUGGUCAUUAUCUUCAAGUUGAACCUCAAAUUUGAACGUCAAAGAAGUUGUCAAUAUUUUAUCCCAAACUCAAUGCAAUGCUGUUUUUUUAAAAUUUUUAAUUUGAAAGAUUAUUAACUUCAUCACCACUAACUCAUAUAGUAGAUUUAUUUUUAAUUUUCUUAACUACAAAGUAACAUUAUUUAUCCCACAUUUAUUUUAAAAGUAAGUAAUUUUAAUCUGGUUUUAAUGGGGAGACAUGGGCCUGAAAGUUAUUCACUUUUAACCAAAAGCUUUUUUAUCAUGUUGAUGCAAUGAUUUCACUUUUAACUUUUGAUCAUAGUUUUAUAUGAAUGUUCCAGGAAAAUAGCAAACUGUAACAAGUAAACUAAAAGUUAUACCAUAGGUUCUGUUAUUUUAUUGAAGCUUGUGUAUUUGGUAAGAAGAAAUGCUUUCACAGUAAAACAUUAUGUACUUAGAACUGUAGGGGGUGACAACAUGAGAUUUUUUAAAUAAACCCCAGGUGCUAUAAUAUGUACUCAUCUGUUUUCUUUUAAGAAUAUCCUUUACUCUGGCUUAAUUUUAUCUUACUAGUAUGCUUAUAUAUUUGAUAAGUCCUUUACAU